CGGGAAUUGAACUUCGAGCUACAGCAAUUUGAUUGAGAAGCUACCAUCGUAGGUCAGUAAAUUCUUUUACAUGGCUACUGAGCGUUCCUGGAAGCCUCUAAGUCUUUUUUACGUAGAAUAUCCUGAAGGUAAGAAGAUAUUUGUUUUCGUACGUACUUCAAGCUGAUGCUUUCGGAAAGCUACUGGCGUAUUCCAGUAUGGUGCCAAUAUUUAUAAUUUUCAGCAUCAUAACCCUUAUUAUGUCGAGAAGAGAUUUGCAUACGAUAUUUUAUUUUUGUGGUUGCCUGAUCAAUGAGUUGAGUAAUUAUUUUCUCAAAUACAUCAUUAAGCAGCCAAGGCCUUUCCCAACCAUUCACCUAGGUAUUAAGUCAUCAGGUAUGCCUUCAAACCACGCGCAAUUCAUGGGCUUUUUCUGUGUUUACAUUGGAUUUUUCCUAUUCAUAAGUCAGCGAUCCUUCAGUCGCCAGUUCACAACAUUUGUUUACUUAGUCUGUGCAUCAGUUACUGCAGUAGUUUGCUAUAGCAGGGUUUAUUUAUUGUAUCAUACUUCUACUCAAGUUUUAGUUGGGAUCAUAAUAGGUGGAAUUUUCGGGAUGAUCUGGUUCCUAAUUGUUCAGUAUGCGAUAACACCAAUAUUUCCGCGGUUCACUGAUAGUUGGAUUGGUCAAUUAUUAAUGUUGCAAGACUUUACACAUAUCAACAAUCUUAUGCAUUUUGAAUAUACUAUUGUGCAGAAUUACAUUCAUAGGACGAAAUCCGAAAGGCCCACGUGAAGAAUAUAGCGUUUUUUUCAUUUAUGAACUAUUUUUGCGACCAGUUUUUUUCUAAUAAACAACUUAUUAGCAUUUCUCGUUUUCCUUAUAUUGUGCGUAACGUCCUGUUAUCUACUAGCGCAAUCUUGUCAUUUUGCAG